GCCCACCUUCUCUCCGGGAAGACUUUCCGCACCUCCAGACUGGAAAGCAGAGAGCGAACUAGCCGCGGACGGAACUCCUGCAGCAGCUCUUUGGGGAGAAGCUGGCCGCGCAUCUGAGGGGACCAUGAAUCGGGCGAAGGGAUUCUCCAGAGAAGUUGUCUUUGGCGCGUCGAUCUCUCUGCUCUGCGCUGGGACACUGGUUUGCCUUGCCGAGGCGAAAGGGACCUAUUACCGCCACCCUCUGCCUAUCUCUUACGGCAACAGAUACAACCUCUAUACCUCAGGAUCUAGCCCUCAGCUCACCCCAGAGAAACCCCUGGCGAAGCAUAAGAACUAUUGUGCAUAUGUGGUGCAGAGGAAUGUGACGUGCACUCUUCAGGAUGGCAUGGAGAGCUAUGUGAAAGCUGAAUAUCACAAGUGCAGCUGGGGACCCAAGUGUCCGGGAAAAGUCUUGUAUCGUACAUUCUUCAGACCCAGGUACAAGAUUGGAUACAAGACAGUCACUGAAAUAGCAUGGAAGUGUUGCCCGGGCCUCAUGGGAGAAGGGUGCCAUCAUGAUAAUCCCACUAAUCAACCAGGACUUCUAUCUCAGCAUCCCAGCCCCAGGAUGCCUCCAACUCAGAAGAUGUUUCCAGGUCCUAGAGCUCCGCCUCAUCCCAAAAUCCCUGUGGAGUCAUUUCCGAUACCAAAGAAGAAUAAUUAUGGUCAGAAAAUGCCUAAUUUGUUUGGAGACAGACUGGAGCACCUAGAAGAGGAAGUCAGACGUCUCUCACAGUCUUAUGACACCCUGUACAACAUGGUGAGUGGCUUGGGGGAUCACUUGCGGCUUGCAAUUCAGGAAGAUACUAGUAAAAUGAUUGGAUCCCUGAUGAAUAGCCCAACUGUUCCUGAUUCAACCAUGGGAUUUGGAAUAAUUCCUGAUGGGAUUGUGGAUGCUCCAGACAAAGCUGAGCUCUCCCCUUAUCCACCUGUGGGUGAGAUCCUAAGCAAAGUGACUGAGAUGAGUGAUUCACUGAAAACCAAGACUAACUUACUAGAAGAAGUUCAUGGCAUGGUCCUAGACCAUGAUGGGCAGAUCAAACACUUACUGGAAUCAGCUCGGCCUUCACCACUCACCUCAAUCGAUAUGUUAGAAGAAUACAUAGACAGCAGGCUUAGCAACCUGAGGAUGGAACUUUUGGAUGGCUUUGAGAAAAAACUGAUAAAUAUUCAGAGUACAUGUGAUUACCAGAUCAAGGAAGUAAAACAGCAGUGUGAGGAAGAGAAAGCUGCCAACCUCCGUUUUCAACAGAUCUUGGAUGGCAAAGAACUGGAGAUCAAGAAAGACAUUUCUCAACUGGAAACACAGAUCCAAGGACUGACAGUUGUAGAAAACUGCUGUAGCAACUUGAACUACCUCACCAAACGGAUGGAUAUCUUGGAAAAGGGACUGCAUAGCAUUUCUGAGUCUCAGAAGAAUCUACACUCUAGGGUAGAUAAUGAAUUGUCUCCUGACACUUUGGGGAGUCUCUUUGAAGGACGCUUUGAGGACCUUGAGGCUAGGCUGAACUUCACAGAGAGGGAAAUAGGAAGUUGUUCUAAUGUAGAGGACAGCAUGAGAAGUUUGAUGGGAUCAGAGCUAGAUGGCACAAAAACUUUUUUUGAAAACAAAAUGAGAACCUUGGAGGAGAGAUUCAUAACUAUUGUAGGAGAUGUGAAUAAUAUCAGUUCCGCAGUGGGACUAGAUGGAGCUGUAAUGCCCCUCUUGGAAGGAGAGCUUGCUACCAUAACGAGGGAAACGGAUGAGAAAAUGGAAGUACUACAAAGCCGACUGACUACCUUGGAGAGCACUUGCUUGUUGGGUUGCUCCUCCACAUCCAAAGAUGUAGAAAUCUUUCGUACAGAGAUAGAAGAUUGCCAAAACAAGAACCAGGAUUUACUGCUAAGGAUGGACAGCAACUCAGACCUGCUGCAAAAACUCAAUGUUACUAUCCUGGAGAUCCAGAGACGGAUUGAGGAGGAAACAGCUGGGUCCUUGCAAGGUGAGAUCACAUUAUUAAAGAUCAAUUUGAACACCAUGACUAAAUCUCUAACUGGGCUGAAGGAUUCUGUUUCCCAGUACUCUGACACAGUACUGCAUGUCAAUUCAUCCUUGGAUGAUCGUGAGCGCAAGAUAGAAGAUGAGGUCCAUUCACUUCAGGAAAAAAUCAGUGAUCAAGACUCCCAGCUCCUCUUCAGUAACAAGCGUGUCUUGAACCUAAAGGGAGACCUUGAAAGGCUGAGAUCCAGAAUCAUCAAUGACUUGAGCAAUUGCAAAAGUAUGGCUCUCAGCCUGCAGAAAGAAGUGCUCCAAUUCGAUGACCGCGUGGCUCAAAUGGAACACACGUGUGGCAGACUGGGCACAAUAACAGGAAGCCUGGAGCACAUCAGAAAUGAAUUGGAGAACAAUGCAGGAAGUAUGUGGGGCUAUAUGAAUCAUAUUAACAAAACUCUAGCUACACACUCUGAGGAAAUAACUGUGCUCAAGAAUAACUUGUUGGAUUGCCAGGCAAAAGUCACAGAACUAGCUGAAGAUGUUGGUCUCUUAGAAAUCAAGCUGAAAAGCAACCAACAUUAGCUAUAUUGGAUCCAAAGUACACCUAACUUAUAUCAUACAGACUCCAAAAUGAUGGUACCAGGAUUUUGUUUUUAUUUUGGUUUUGGAGAAGGGGAAGGUCACUAAACUUUAAAAGCUGCUAUAAUCCUUUCCCUGAUUUCUUCCGUAUGACUUUUUAAUUACAGUUUAAGUAUGUUUGCCAUUACUGUACUCUCUACAGAUAUUUAACAACUGUACUUAUGUAACAAAGUGCCUUCCCAUAUUUGGGGUCACAUUUAGGUUACAUUUCCAAUACAUCAGUUCAGGAGGAAACUGGAGACAUUUUUAAAAUGGAUUCUUUGCUUUGAGAAUAAUUCACAAUGUAAUAUUUAAGGGUUGGAACAAAGAAAAUCAUGUAUCCAUCUACUGGAAGAGAAGAUCUGGUUCAGGGACCAUAAUACAAUACCAACAGCCAUGUGGAGGCUCCGAUUUUAGCUAAGAUUUCCCUCCCUCCCCCAAUGCAAAAAAAAAAAAAAAUGUCCAAAAUAUGGGCUUGAAUUCUAGCUUCAAGUGACACAAAUAUGAGGGGCAGUCAUGUAGAUCAGCUGAUAUUAUAUGGGUGUAUCCAGUAAAAGAAUGCCCUUGUACAGCACACAGUUAUCUUCCCUAUUGCACUGUCCUACAAUGAUGAAGCUGAAUUUCUCAAGUUGAUAUUCUCAAGGACUGUGUGCAAUCUGGUCUUUGCAUGAAGCAUGGUGAGGAGCGGGUCACUGGGCUAGAUCCAACAGCUUCUUAGAUAGCCUGUUGCAACCCUAGGAACAAAAAAAAAGAAAGUGUGCAUAAUAUAGUGUUGUAACAUUUGCUCCCUGUAACUGUUGCUCCCUAUUUUUGUAUGAAAAUGGA